UCAAUAUUUUAUUCCACGCUGCUUUACCCAAACCCAAAACCUUUUUCAUCCACUUGUUCACUUCUUCCUUAUCUUCCUUUUCUUUUACCUUCCUCCGCACAAAGCCACACACAUACACAGGUUUCUCUCUCUCCUCAAUAUUUUCUUUUUUUUCGGUAAAAUCUCCUCCAUAUUUUCAAUUUAUCAUAAACUCUACCGAAUUCAAAAGGUUUUUUUGAGAUUAAAUAUGUAAGACCUAAAUAAAAUAAAAUAAAAUAAAAGAGAAAAGAAGAAGAAGCAGCAGCACAGAAAAAGAAGAAGAAGAAGACGAGAUGCCACAGCAAAGCAGCAUAGAGGAGCAGAAAAAGCUAUGGACAAUUUAGGAAAAAGAGAAACCCACCAACGGUAAUAUUUUUGUUAUGAAGAAACGCCUUUGUAGCUUUUUGCAAUUGCAGCUCAAAGCUGUCGGCAUUAAAACGCAGGAAUCCUUUGAGCUGGAAAACGCACUUUUGACCCCUUAUAGUCGAACCAAACGGGCACGAAGUCUGUGUCAUUGUCGUAAUGGAGCACGUUAUUUCAAUGGAGCACUCUCUUCCGACAAAUGAUGAAAGCAAAAAAGAUGGUGAAACAGUCGUUCCCACCGACGUAGAAUGGACUUGUCCUGGAUCUGAUUGGGACCGCAAUCGCUGUAACAUACCAAUGGAACUAAGAUCCUCUCUGGACGAUAACGGCAACCCCAUAGAAAAAAAUGAAGAAAAUCCAACGGAAGUCACUUUUCCAAAAGUCCCAUUAAGGCUACGAAAAUCCAAGGGAAGCAACGACUACUUUGAUCCCGUGGUUAUUUCUUUCGGUCUUUAUCAUCAUGGCAAAAGAGAACUCCAGGAAAUAGACCCGAUCAAAGAUGAGGCCAUGCUCAAGUUUAUUAAAGAAUCUGGCAAACCGUUUCCGGAAUUUUUCGGUAAGGUACGUAAGAUGAAUCACCUCACUAGAGUUUGUUACGUUGAUUGUUCGGAAGAAAAGUAUUGUGAUGAUUGUUUUGCAUUGAUUAUGCUCCGAGACGGUUGUUUAAUUUCAUAUUUAUUGGACAUGGUGGUAGAUAAGAAGUCGGACAAGCUAUUAGAGCUAUUUGUUAAUCGUGGAGGAUUAUUGGGAUAUAAUUCUGUAGUUAGGGACAUGGCUUUGUUGGAGAACCAAAUUCCAUUGGCAGUUUUGGAACUUUUGAUGAGCCUUAGAUACAAUAAUAAAAAAGUAGUACCAAAAAAGAUCAAGCAAUUCAUUUAUUUUGCAUUUUUGGGCAUAGUAGUUCCAGAAGAUAAGGAUGAGGAGCCACAAGAGGAAGUUCCAGAAGAUAUGAAUGGGGAGCCACAGGCUCAAUGUCUCCUUGAAUGUAUACAAAAAGAAUUCUCCAAAGUUGUUAAUGGAAAGAAAGAACCUAGUCUCUGUUUCAAUUUUGUUUCAUCAUGCAAAACUUGUUUAUGGAAUCCACUUGCAAAUACCUCAAAAAAUGAGCCCGGUCUACCAGAUUUUUGUCCAUUGUAUCGUUCCCUUAGUGAACUUAAAGUUAAGGGGAUCCAUUUCAAGCCUAUAGAUUCUAGUCAUUCAUUAAAAAAAAGAAAAUCAUUUUCUGUUUUGGACAUUGAAUUCAUACCAGGCUUUUUCUAUUCACUGCUUAAGCUUCCCCCUUUGAUCCUUAGUCGUGGUUCAGUAAUAUUGUGGAACAACUUGAUAGCCUUUGAAUGGAGUCCUGCAUGUAAGACAGAUGCUAUUCUUACAUCUUACAUCUGUUUCAUGAAUGCACUCAUUGCCAAUCCUGACGAUGUGAAAGAGCUGCGCUCAAAGCGUAUACUUCUCAACGUUGCAGGCAGUGACGAAGAGAUGUUUAAAUUUUUCAAAGAGAUUGCCCCAGUCGGGAUUCAAGAUGUCUCAAUUUACAAAAAUGUAAGACAUGAUAUUGAAAAGCACUGUAGGAGCAAGAUAAGGACCUGGGCGGCUGAAAUAACUUACAAAUAUUUUAGAAACCCAUGGUCUGCUCUUGGUUUAUUUGCUGCUGUUGCUGUCGUCGUUUUAAGUUUUGUGCAGACUUACUUCACUAUCUAUCCUGUAAAAGAUUAGUGCAUGGAAUCCAUUUGCAGCUAUCUCAAUAGACAGCAGAUCAAAAAUGAUUAGCAUUUA